AUGAAAGCCUUUAUUCACAAACUUCUUCGCCGGAAACGAUUUGAAAGUAUCCCGCUGGAUACAAAUUUGAGAAGAUGUCUCACAACCUUUGAUGUGACAAUGGUUGGUGUUGCGCACACGAUUGGAGCUGGAAUCUAUGUGUUGACAGGCACGGUCAUCCGAAAUACAGCUGGCCCCUCAAUCGUUCUCUCUUUCAUUCUCGCUGGCUUUGCCGCUUUCUUUUCAGCUUUAUGUUAUGCUGAAUUUGGAUCUAGAUUUCCGAAAGCUGGUAGCGCUUACACUUACACAUACAUCGGUUGUGGAGAGCUUUGGGCAUUCAUCAUUGGUUGGGAUGUGAUUCUUGAGAAUAUGCUUGCUGCUGCAGUUGUUGCUCGUGCAUGGUCUAGUUAUAUCAAUGUGUUGGCUGAUGAUGCCAUCAAGAACUUCACCAUCACUCACAUUGGGGAAUUACAUACAAGUAUCUUUGCUGAAUACAUUGAUUUGUUGUCUUUUCUGAUUCCAAUUGUCAUUUGUGCAAUCGUAGCGAUGGGAGCAAAGGGAUCAGCCACUUUUAACAGUCUGAAUGUUGCGCUAAAUGUCUCAAUGAUUGCUGUUGUGACUAUUUAUGCUUUUAUCUAUGCUGACUUUAGCAAUUGGACAGGCACAACAUCUGACGGAAAAUCGAAAUUCUUUCCAUUUGGCUUCAGCGGGACAUUGGCGGGAGCAGCUUCUUGUUUUGUUAGCUUUAUCGGUUUUGAUGGAUUGGCGACAGCUGGAGAAGAAGUAAAAGAUCCGGCUAAAUCCCUCCCAAGAGCCACAUUUUAUUGUAUGGCGAUUGUGACAACUGUUUAUGUGUUGAUGUCAAGUGCGAUAUCAUUGAUUGCCCCAUAUACUGAAAUUGAUCCAGACGCUGCUUUUGUCACCGCGUUCAAAGACAAGGGUGCUCAUGUGCCAGUGAUUUGUGUGACAAUUGGAGCAAUUUGUGGAAUGACAGGCACUAUGUUUGGUUGCCUCUUCGCUCUACCACGUUGUGUUUAUGCAAUGGCUGAUGAUGGAUUGCUGUUUAAAUUUUUCUCAAGAGUCAAUUCAAAAACUAAGGUUCCAAUUUAUGCCAUCAUUGUUUUCGGCCUCAUAACGGCGAUCAUGGCUGCACUAUUCAAUGUUGAGACUCUUGUCGAUUUCUUGUCAUCAGGCACUCUCCUUGCUUAUUCAAUGGUGGCUGUUUGCGUGAUUAUUCUCCGAUAUCGACAAGAUUAUUUAGAUGAAAAUAGAAAUGAUCGUUUUCUCACAAUUCGAAUCCCAAAUUGGUUAAUGCGAUUUACAAAUACUCGAUCGAUUGUCCCUGGCUUAGUCUUGAUGUUGCUUGGAUUCGCUGGAUUUGGAGUUUCUAUGUCUUCAAGCUUUUGGUCAUCUGGUGUUCUUGGAAAAGUUUGCACUGUACUUUUUUUGGUUUUCGCAAUUGCUUGCAUAUUUUGGAUCGGACUACACACGCAAAACAAUGAUGUGAUUACGUUCAAGGUCCCAUUUGUACCCAUUCUACCCGCUUUUUCCUUAUUCCUUAACAUAAUGAUAGUCACAUCAACGAUGCGCUGGCUUCUGCUAGUGCUUCUUUCACUUUUUACUCCAACUAGCGCUCAAUUUUGGGAUUUUGGCAGUAACAACAAUGAAGAUGAUUCUUAUGCGGAUCAAUUUGGAUUCAAAGAAUCAAUCAACCAAUGGUCAGAUGUAUUGAAAAAGAUGGCACACAAGAAUAUCUUUGGAGCCCCAACCCCGCCACCAUCAGAGUUUCAACGAGUCGCCCCUCCACCCGAUGUUGACAAAAUCGAUCCAAAAAUGAUUCAAUCACAAAAACAUGACAUUAUCAAUGCAAAACUUUUGGAUUUAAUCUUGCCAAGGUUUAAAGGAGAGGCUCCACUUCUUCUCCGUCCCAGCACUACAGCCACCGAGCCACCGAAAAAGGAGAUUGUGACUAAGCCAAAUCUUCAUAAGCCUACAAAGAAGCUGCCAACAACUACAGCAGCAGCUGAAGAUGAAGAUGAGGAUGAAGAUGACGAGGAUAUUGAUGAUGAGGAUGAUGAGAAGGAGACUUCGACAGAUGAUGACGAUAACGACGAAGAUGAUGAGGAGGAGAUUGAGGAGAAGCCUAAAAAGACCACCAAAAAGGCUAAACUUACGACAAAAGCAAAGGAAACGACAACUAAACAUAAGGAUGAGUUGCUUAAAACUGCCACCGAACAUUUGUCGAUAUUGAACGGGAAUUCGAUCAUUGCUGAUUUGGCAAAUAAGGCAAAAGAUGAUGAUGAAGUGAAAGAUGAUGAUGAAGUGAAAGCCGAUGAAAAAAGAAAGAAAGAAACGCCGAUUGAUCGAAGUGCGAUGAAAGUGAUCAAAGCGGUCGAUUUGAUGAGCGGGGAAACGAAGGACGAUAUCGUAAAACCGAAGCGAAAGGAGGCUGAACCAGAAUCGGAAGAGGAAAACGACGAGGAAGAAGUCGAAGGAAGUGCUGAUGAGGAUCUCCCGAUCGAAAAAACGAUCACAGCCGAGAAUGAUGGUGAUGAGGAUAUGGAUGAGACGCCGUUAACUGGAGAAAAUGAGGAACAAGGCUCGGGAAUCCCUGAGGCGGAAGAGGAAGACGCCAACGCUGAAGUCAAGGAAGAUAAAAAUUAUGAAAAACUACACGAUGCUGUCACUGAGGCUGUACCCGAAGACGAUCCAACAACUACAACAGCAAAACCAGUCAACCAAACUGGACAGAAUAUUUUCAAUCUACAGGCAAACGCAAAUUCUGAUGCCAAUCCGAAUGUGGCCAAUGUGAUCACUCCUGUGGCUGGAAUAAUUGAUGGGAUUGCUCCUAUUCUCUUCCCAUUCUUGCAGAGUCGAGGAUUCUCAGCUAGAGCUGCUGCCCAAGGUGCCCCACUUUUUCAGCCUGCUCGUAAUGAGAAUAACAGAGAUUUGCUCGAGAAUAGUGAUGCCGAAACUUCAUUGGUUGGAUUGAGCAGCCAGCUGGCUCGUGAAAUUUUACAGCCAGGAUCAUUAAGGAAAGAACGGGAAGAAAUGGAGACUUUGCUGAGGAAAAAAGCCGAAGAAGCAAAGGCAAAGCUAGCUGAACGAGAAAGAGAAAGACUCGAUUUUGAAGCCAAGCAAGAGGCGAUGAAGAGACAAUUGCUAGAACAAGAACGACGAAUGCGCUCCUCUAUGCAAAACAAUCCGAUGGUUCAACAAGCCUUUGCAGCGCCUAGUAUGAAUAUGGAGCAGGUGUUUGAGGAAGCGGCAGCCGAAACCUUCAAACAAGAAGCCGAUCCUCCGCAGUCUCCAUCAGUUUACUCGAUUACCGCACCACCGGGUAUUCAGGGCUUCCGAACUCCACCCCCUCCACCACUUGGAUAUCGACCAAAGGGAUACGAUGGCCCUCUUCCCCCAUUCCCCGCUUUCACCGCUCAAAAUGAAAACAAAGAAGUCGAAGAAGUAAUCGGUGGAACAACCAAAGAAACACCUUUCCAACAGUUCCCGACCCCAAAUCCUUCUAGAGGCAACGCCAGAUCGUUGUCCAAAGAGAAGUUAAGCUUCUUGCAACAAAUGAAAGCAAAUCGACAAAAUUUAAUAACCGAUAAAAGUGAAGGAUUUGGGUCCGAAAAUGAUAUUGAAUGGGAAAAUGAUGGGAGUCAAGCUGUCGGAAGUGCUUUUGUUGGGGAUUCAGGAUUAUUGACGAAAAACUCUGGUGCACCACCACCGGGAGCCGACUUCGGCAACUCAUUUGGCUUUUCAGGCGGUGAUGCUGGUACUGCCAAGAAAAAUCCGAUGAAGCCAGGGAAAAAGACUCCCUUUGCUCCAGUGCCUCCAAUGCCAAGCGGUACAAUCAGUUUCGGUGGCGGGAAAAGGCCAACUGUUUCCUUUGAUGAAGUCGAGAAACAAACCAAUAAAGGAGGAAUGGAUUUCUUUGGUCGA